AUGUCCCCGGAGCCGCUGCGCUGCCCGCCAGCACCGGGCGCCCGCCGCAUCCCGGCUGCGGGGCCCGCCAGGUGCAGCUACGACGGCGGCCAGGAGUCGAGCGCGCUAGUGGCGGGGCCUCGGCGCAGCUACCUCGCGCCUCUCCUCUCCUCUCCACAAUGGAGCGGGCCCAGCUCCGCCCUUCGGCACGAGCGCGGAAGGGAGGGGAGCCAGCAGAGGGGAGAGCCCGAGGCCGCGGCUGGAAGGCGGAGGCAGGGGCGGGAAGGGAGGCAGGGGCGGGGAGGUUCUGAGGGGCCCCGCCUACAAGUCCAAGCUCCUCCCUCCCCGCAGCCCCCGGGCGGCGCAGAAGAGCAUCCUCGGGGACAUCUAGGGGCUUUCGGGAGUCACGGCUGUGGGACCUCUCUCAGACCGCAUGGGAACAGAAAGCAAGACCGCCUACAUCUUUUCAUUUCCCUCUUUCCAGGGGAGAAAGAUUGUCUUAAUCUGGGAAAGAGAAGAGCUGGAAGUAUGGAUCACAGAAGCUAUACAAAAACAAAACUUGAAACCCAGGGGUGGGCAGGCGGGAAGUUGGGUAGAGGGCUAAGGAAUAAGAAGCAAAGAUAAGGGGAUCAAAAUGUCACCUAGAGUCCCAGAUAAAGCUGGCUGGACCCCCAAACUUCCUGUGCUUGGUAACUUUCAGAAACCAGGGCUUUUGCUUUAUUUUGGGAGAGGGGAGAAAUGAGAGAAAACAUAACUUUUCAUUAAGCAUCUAGCAUGAGCCAGGCAGUUUCAAACAUCAUCUCACUAAAACCAUUGAACUCCCCCUUUGAAGUAAGCCUUCUCUUGUUUUACUGGUGAGACUCCAGCUUAGAGAGAAAGUAUGCACUUUACCUAAGUGGUGGUGCUCGCAUUUGAAAUUACAUAAGGCUAGCUCUGAAGCCCAUGCUCUUUUCAGGGUGUCCCUGAAGAGAAAAAGAGAGGACUGUGGCCUUCCUACAGACUGAGGAGGGGCCCCCCAGCCUGGAGUACUUCCAAGCCAGUUGGUGGGGGUCAAGACCAGCAGGGUUUCUGAGAAGGGAAUGAACUAAUACAGUACACACCAUACAUCCACAUGUCUGUGGAAGAAAGGGAGGAAAUCCUAUGAUCAAUUGAAUUCUUUAACCUGUCGUUAAGCAUAGAGGACACCUGAAAGAAACUGAAGAGAUGCAGCCAGGUUAAGGGUCUGGUCUGAGCCAGGGCCUGAAUCUCUCUACUCCUUUCUUAGCUCACUGCUUCUUCCUCCUACGUUUCAAGAGUUAAGGGGUUCCCUGAACUUGGGGUGAGAGAAAGGCAGUUUACAGGUUAAUGGAAAAUUUACAGGAUCAUUAU